AUGGGAUUCACGGGGUUUGGUUUUCAGGUAGCGCACACUGCUGACGAUGCCGCCGAUGCGACUCGUGAGCGAUAUCACGACGUUACAAACGCCGCUGGAGAGAAGAUUGGACAGGCGCGAGAUUCCGUUAGUAACACAAUGCGUGAUGGAGCAAAUGCCAUUGACAAUGGAGUCCAAGGAACACUGGCCAGUAUCGCAUUUUGUAUGCUGCCACUCUUCGUCGUACAUUAUCUCACUUGUUAG